UAUGAUAUCAUGUUCAUCAUGGCAUUUGAAAGAUUCACAGACACAGAAAUUAGUCAAAACAACUAGUUUGGAUGUCUGGAAUAAGUAGGUGUAAAGCAGCGGAUGCCAAAAUGAGUUACCAGAAUAGAACUUUAUAUCAUCCAAAGGCCCUGAGGGGGGUGAUGACAAAGGAGGAUGUUUCAGAGCUGGUCGAGAGGGACUCAGUCCUGGGCUGCCAUACUAGACACAGUUCCCAUCUGCGGUCAGUUACCCACCAGGUGGCUUCUGCACCCAUGCCAAGUGAUUGUGAGUUAUCCUUCUUUGACCCCAGUGACCCACAGUGCCGGGAGGUUCUUCUGGAUCCCAGCACCACCAUACCAGAGCUGUUUGCUGUGCUCAGACAGUGGGUCCCCCAUGUUCAGAAGAACGUCAACGUCAUCGGCAAUGAGAUUCUAAAGAGAGGCUGUGGUGUGAACGAUCGAGACGGACUAACAGAUAUGAGCCUCUUGCACUACUGCUGCAAAGCCGGGGCUCCGGGCAUUGGUGAUGCAGAGACAGCAGCCAGCUUUGCCUGCCAGCUCCUUGCUCUGGGUGCUGAUCCUAACCUUCGCUCACGCUGGACUAACAUGAAGGCCUUGCACUACGCUGCUUACUUUGAUGUGCCCCAGCUUAUCCGGGUGGUGGUGCAGGCCUCUCAGCCUGGAGAUGUAGAUGCCACCUGCAGUGACUUUAAUUUUGGCACUGCCCUGCACAUUGCUGCAUCCAACCUCUGCAUGUCGGCUGUCAAAUGUCUCUUGGAGCUGGGAGCUAAUCCUGCUUUCAGAAAUGAAAAAGGCCAGUGCCCAGCAGAUGUGGUGCCUGACCCCGUUGACAUGCCGUUGGAGAUGGCAGAUGCAGCUGCCUUGGCGAAAGAGCUCCGAACCUUGCUGAGACGGGCAUUAUGCAGGCCCAGUGACCCUUUGCCCCUCACACUGCAUGUGCAGUCUUCUCCUGCUCUCUCUGAUAAAGCCAGGAUGCAGCUCGCCACCAUGGGAAUCCAACUAGGUGACCGUGUUGUGAUAGCUGGACAGAAGGUUGGAACUCUGAGGUUCUGUGGCAGCACUGAGUUUGCUGGAGGCCUCUGGGCUGGGGUGGAGCUGGACAAACCAGAGGGGAAGAACGAUGGCUCUGUAGCAGGGGUUCAGUAUUUCACCUGUCGAGUCAAACAUGGAAUUUUUUCUCCCCUUCCCAAAAUACUCAAACCCUUGGAAAGACACAAAACUAGCACCACUAAGUCAUCUACAUCCAUACACCCCCCCCAUCGUAUUGACCUGUCCCGCAUCACUUCCAAGAUAAACACAGGUUUAUCUCCAUCUGUCAGAAAAUCCAUUGAUUAUCAUAAAAGUCCACCUGGUCCCAAUCAGGGCACAGAGGGAGAUGCCUCAGUGACAAAGACAGGUGUCCUCUCUCGCUCUCUCUCCUCUUCUUCCUCUUCACUGGAUUCACGGCAUGGGUCACGCACCAAAUCUCGUCCACUGCCAAGGCAGCGCCUUUCUGCCAGACAGCACAGGGAGCGCAUUUCCCCAAGUCCCAGGACCACACCCUCACCAGUUCUUCGUUCUUCCUCUGGCACUACUGUGCUUACUACUGCAGGUUUUCGAAGCUGUGCGCCGUCAGCUAGUAGCCCUGUGUGUGAGGGCCCUGAGGUGCACCUGGGUGAGAGGGUACUGGUGGUAGGCCAGAGAACAGGGGUAGUCCAGUUUUAUGGAAAGACCAGCUUUGCUCCAGGUCUCUGGCUGGGCAUUGAACUGGACAAGCCAAGUGGUAAGAAUGAUGGAUCAGUGGGAGGAGUGAGAUACUUCAGCUGCCCACCUAAAUAUGGUGUUUUUGCUCCUUCAUCUCAUGUUCAAAGGAUCCAUGGAUCUGUUGAUUGCCUGUCAGAGCUGUCGUCCUCACGCCUCAGCGGGACUAUCCGUCGCACUCUCAGCACAUCAUCGGCCAUUGCCCCCCCAAAGGAAACGAAUAAAAGAAAUCCUGUUACCAGAAGUUGUUCCAACCCCCAUCGUCGGCACCGGAGUACAGUCGGUGGUAGCAGUGGUGUUCCUGGAAACACGGCAGGGGCCAGCCCCUCAGCCAGCUCUGACGGACAGGUCCGCCUGCAGGUUUUAAACUGGGUUGAGAUCUGGUGGCUGUGAAGACCACAGCAUACGAGUCAUCAUUUUCAUACUCAAACCAUUCAGUGACCCCUCGUGCCCUGAGGAUGGGGGCAUUGUCAUCCUGGAAGAAACCACUGCUUUCUUUGGGUUUUUUUCUUCAAUUUGUCACCUGUUUGUAGUUGGUCCUCUGUACUCUUCAGCAGUGAUGUGAAUUAUAAUAAUACAAGCACUUGUUACUUUUUAAAAUUUUA